AUGGAGGUCGCAAAUUUACUGCCGGUGAUUGAUCGCCUCGAGGAUAACAUUGACGACUUGGAAGAGGCCCUGGAACCGCUACUGAGUCGCUCGUUGGACGAGACAUCAAAAAAGCUGCCUCUGCUCGAAAGAGCCAAGCUCCAUGCUUUGCUGACAUACACACUAGAGUCAUUAAUUUUCUCUUAUCUCAGUCUUCAUGGCGCCAAUGCCAAAGAACAUCCUGUUUUUAAAGAAUUAACUCGCGUGAGACAGUACUUUGCCAAGAUCAAGGCACUGGAGAAUCCGCCUGAGGAGGAAGCAAAGCCGACUAUGAAGUUGGAUCAGCAAGCUGCCCGUCGGUUUAUAACCCAUGGUCUGGCCGGCAACGAACAAUACGACAUUGAGCGCGCAGAAAAACAAGCAAAGGAAAAAGCACGCGCGCAGCUUAAAGCAGCCAUGCUUGCCAAUAAAUCCAAAGACGGAUCCUCAGCUUCAAUUCCCUCUCAAGAACCAAGCAAACCCUCCACCGAAGCCGAAAGCUCAGAAUCUGAAUCAAACUCAUCUUCCGAGUCGGAAGAAUCCGAAGAUGAAUCCCCCACAACAGAGAAAGUCAACACAAGACCAGCAAGCUCAGUUGCGCCUGUGGAGGACUUUAUAAGUCUACCCUCCGAACCAGUAGCAGAUUCCAAAAACGCCAAAAAGAAAACCGCCAAGGCAAAAGCGAAACAGAGAAAAGAAGAUAUAAUCAAUGCGAAAAAGGCCGAGCGCGAGGCGAAGAGACAGGCAAAGGGGGUUCCUGAGCCGAACAGUAAGCAGCAGCGAAAGAUGGAUCAGAAGGAGCGACGGCGCAAAAAGGCAGGCAAACGGAAGGAAGGGAAGAAGAAUUAG